AUUAGACGCCAUUUUGUCAGCCAUUUCCUAUACGGAUCCACUGCCAGUGUGUCUGCACAGUUAUAGUACGCCCCAUCUGGCUUCUCCUUCUCUGCCCGGGAUUAGUAAACAAUUACGAAUCCCGAAAAAACGGUAUCCGGGUGGAUGAGAGACUGUCUAGCGGGCCGGCUAGCAUCCAAAAGACCUCUACCAAGCGCUUUGUCCCCGAGGACAGAAGCGAAAAAAGUCAGCCAUGGCUUUGAAGAUUGUUAAAGGGAGCAUCGAUCGGAUGUUCGAUAAAAACCUUCAAGAUUUAGUACGUGGAAUUAGGAAUCACAAGGAAGAUGAGGCUAAGUACAUCUCCACCUGCAUUGAUGAGAUCAAGCAGGAGCUCAAGCAGGACAACAUUGCUGUCAAGGCCAAUGCUGUGUGCAAACUCACCUACUUACAGAUGCUGGGCUAUGAUGUCAGCUGGGCUGCAUUCAACAUCGUGGAAGUCAUGAGUUCCUCAAAAUUCACAUACAAGAGAAUUGGUUACCUGGCUGCCUCCCAGUGCUUUCAUGAGAGCACUGAUGUCAUCAUGCUGACAACCAAUCAGAUCCGAAAGGAUCUGAGCAGUCCUAACCAGUACGACACUGGCGUGGCUCUCACUGGCCUCUCCUGCUUCGUGACCCCUGACCUGGCUCGGGACCUGGCCAAUGACAUCAUGACUCUUAUGUCCCACACAAAGCCGUACAUCAGGAAGAAGGCCGUACUUAUCAUGUACAAGGUGUUCCUGAAGUACCCAGAGUCUCUGCGCCCUGCUUUCCCCAGGCUGAAGGAGAAACUGGAAGACCCUGACCCUGGGGUCCAGUCAGCGGCUGUUAAUGUCAUCUGUGAGCUGGCCAGGAGAAACCCCAAGAACUACCUGUCUCUUGCCCCGCUCUUCUUCAAGCUCAUGACCUCCUCCACCAACAAUUGGGUCCUCAUCAAGAUCAUCAAGCUGUUUGGUGCCCUCACACCCCUGGAGCCUCGCUUGGGGAAGAAGCUGAUUGAGCCCCUAACAAACCUCAUCCACAGUACCUCGGCUAUGUCACUUCUAUAUGAAUGUGUCAACACUGUAAUAGCAGUGUUGAUUUCCCUGUCCUCCGGGAUGCCAAAUCACAGUGCUAGUAUUCAGCUCUGUGUCCAGAAACUGCGAAUCCUGAUUGAAGACUCGGACCAGAACUUGAAGUACCUGGGCCUGCUGGCCAUGUCCAAGAUACUGAAGACUCAUCCCAAGUCUGUCCAGUCCCACAAGGACCUCAUCUUGCAGUGUCUGGAUGACAAGGACGAGUCCAUCCGCCUGAGGGCUCUAGACCUGCUCUACGGCAUGGUGUCCAAGAAGAACUUGAUGGAGAUAGUGAAGAAGCUGAUGUUGCACGUCGACAAGGCUGAGGGAACCACUUACCGAGAUGAGCUGCUCACCAAGAUCAUCGACAUCUGCAGCCAGAGCAAUUACCAGUACAUCACCAACUUUGAAUGGUACAUCAGUAUCCUGGUGGAGCUGACCCGUCUGGAGGGCACGCGGCAUGGCCACCUCAUUGCCUCCCAGAUGCUGGACGUGGCCAUUCGGGUCAAGGCCAUCCGAGCCUUUGCUGUGGCCCAGAUGGCUACUCUACUGGACAACGCCCACCUGCUUACCGGCAACACACAGCGCAACGGCAUCUGUGAGGUUCUCUAUGCCGCCGCCUGGAUCUGCGGAGAGUUCUCAGAACACCUGGAGGAACCCAUGGCAACACUGGAGGCCAUGCUGCGGCCCAAGGUGGCCACCCUGCCGGGCCACAUCCAGGCCGUGUACGUGCAGAACGCUGCCAAGCUGUUUGCCACGGUGUUGCGCGGCCAGGAGGGGGUGCCAGCGGACAGCACGGUAGCCCAGGAGACCAGCCAGCUGCUCAUUGACAGGCUGCCUCUUUUUGUCCAGAGUUCCAACCUGGAGGUGCAGGAGAGGGCCUCCUGCAUCCUGCAGCUGGUGAAGUACAUCCAGAAGCUGCAGCAGAAGGACGUAGAGGUGGCUGAGGAGGUGACUGCUCUGUUUGCUGGGGAGCUCAACCCUGUGGCCCCCAAGGCACAGAAGAAAGUACCUGUUCCUGAAGGUCUGGACCUGGAUGUGUGGAUCAACGAGCCUCCGUCUGGGAGUGAGUCUGAAGACGAGGGCAGGAAGUCCAAGGGCAAGGCUGUGUUUGCCAAGGAGGAGUCCAGACACACCAAGCCACGCUACACUGAGGUGGACGAGAAGGAACUGGCCAAGAGGAGAGAAGUAAGGAAGGCAGAGCAGGCCAACAACCCAUUCUACAUCAAGGCCUCCCCCUCCUCUCAGAAGGUGUACCAGGAUGGUGUUGGUGUGGAGCACAUUCCAGUGGUGCAGAUUGACCUCAGUGUGCCUCUUAAGGUCCCAGGGAUGCCAAUGUCAGAUCAGUAUGUGAAGCUGGAAGAGGAGCGUCGGGAGAGAAACAAGGCAGACAAGAAGAAGAAGAAGGACAAGAAGAAGAGGGAGAAGGGCGAGAAGGGCCGCCGGAGAAGGGGGGACUCUGGCCCCGAGAGCGAGGAGGACAUCACCCCCGCACACAUGGUGGACAUCGUCACUGAGGAGAUGCCAGAGAAUGCCUUACCCAGUGAUGACGACGACAAAGAUCCCAACGACCCCCACAAAGCUCUGAACAUCGACCUGGACAAUUUGCUGGCAGCAUCUCGCAGGCCCCUGGCAGACAGCGAGAAGAAACUGCCAGUCAGGUCACACCGUCCCGACGAGGUCCUCAAGAGCCCCAUGGAAGACAGGCAGGUGGUGGAGGUUGUACCAGAGCCCAAGAAAAAGACAGGAAAGGAGAAGAAGGACAGGAAGAAGAGUAAAGAGAAAAAGAAAAAGCACAAACAAGAGGAAGAGGGGGAUCUUAUGGGCGCUGGGUCAGAGGAGCCUGUCCAACCAGAAGAGACCAAGGAGGUGGCAGCCCCGCCUCCUGCCUCUACACCAGAGGCUUCGGAUCUGGAUUUCUGGCUCUCAAAUGCUCCAGUGCCCUCUAACCCUCAGGCAGCAGCUGCCCCUGCCUCCACCCCUAGGACGGCAUCUGGUAUGGCUGCCGUGGCACCAGACUCUGAGCCUGAAGAGGCCAAAGACACUGAGCCGGAGGAGACUAAAUCCUCCACGCACAAGAAGAAGAAGCAGAAAAAGGAGAAGGAGAAGAAGAAAAAGAAGCACCACCAUAAUCAUAGCGAUGGGGCCGGAGACGAGUCUGUGCAGAACGGCACUGUGGAGGAGGAGGAGCCUCUGCCGCCCAUGUCCAAUUACGCCCUGCUGGCUGAGAACUCCUACAUCAAGAUGAUGAAGCAGGAUGCUGAUAAGGUGUGUGACAUCCAGGGGAAUCUGCAGGACGGGAGCCAGGUAGUGGUCUCUGUCAUCUUUGAGAAUAAGUGCGACAGCUUUAUCAAGUCCAUGGAGUUCAACGUGCUGGACUCUCUCAACUCCAAGCUGCAGCGGCCUGAUGGAGCUGGCCCACACGACGGCCUCAUCGUGCCCUUCCAACUGCCCCCCGGGAUAUCAAACGAGGCACGCUUCAUCUUCUCAGUGCAGAACAUCGUGAUGCCCCAGAAACUGAAGGGAACCCUCACCUUCAUAGUCAAGACUGAUGAUUCCUCCACUCACGAGAAACUGGACUUUAAACUGCACUUUACCUGCACCUCCUACCUGAUCACUACUCCCUGCUACAGUGAUGCGUAUUCUAAGCUGUUGGAGUCAGGGGACCUGAAGGGGUGCUCUCUGAAGCUGGAGGGAGUUAAUCAGCCCUUCCACCAUCUACUGGCCAGAAUCUGCUUCCACCACCACUUCUCUGUUGUGGAAAGGAUCGAUUCCUGUGCCUCCAUGUACAGCAGGUCAAUCCAGGGUCACCAUAUGUGUCUGCUGGUCAAAACUGCUGAUCAGACCGUGUCCAUCGACGCUAAAUGUGACGAGCCGGGGCUGCUUGGGAAUGUGCUGGAUGAGAUCAAACUCACCUUUUCUCAGUGCUGAUUGUGUCUGACAGCCACUUGGUGCCCCCCUACCCCCUGUUAAACCCCCUCGCUCGCUAAAACACUCCAUUUCACCCUAUUUAUUCAUCUUCAGAUUCACAACUCUCCUUUCUUCUCUCACGUCCCCACUCCCCCCUGCACUCAGAAUUGUUCUUUCCACAUCAGUAACUUGCUCUAUGCUCACUCCCUCUGUGCACUUUUAGUUCCUCUUCCUUGUUUCAAAUCUCUUUUCCACUGUCAAAGAACUUGUUUCACCUGCUCCCCACUUCCACACCUCUGACUGAACUCGUGCCCAUUCUCUCUCGCUCAUCGGCAUUACAGUCUGUGACGGUCAUGUAAUGUAAUCUGACAACUGGACUUUUUUUGUUGGUUGAAUUGUGUUUUUACUGUUUCAGGUUGUUGCUGUUUUUGUUAAUUUCUGCCGUCUGUCUGCGCCCCCCUUGCAUUAAGCAUCAGCGUGUUACCACUACUCUAUAGUCCUGGUAGCAUGCGUGACCCACUCUGACUGGCCCUAGAUGGAAACAUCAUGUAAACUCCUUCAUCCUGAUCUGACCUCCUGCCUGAAGGAGACUGAACUCCUGAGACCCACCUCCAACCCCCCGUGUCCCUGCUCCAACUGUGCUAAGCUUCAGUUUGACCCGUGUCGCUGUAACAUAUCAAUCCCUGUAAAAAUUGAAAAUGCCUGAGCUGGAAAGUUAUACUAAGAGUGUGUUGGAAUCAUCUCAAAGCGUAGCCAUACUCAAAAAUAAUGUUUCUGCAUCUGUCUUGCUCUGUCUCGUAUUCUAGACAUGGGUAGAAUGGUAUCUUUUUACAAUUUGUCUGAUUUAUUGCUUUGAUUAUGCUGUAAUGGUUGACAGAUAUUUAACUGCUCAUCUGCUGUGCUGUUCUAGACCUCUUAUCUCUCUUGCCUCAGGCAUGUCUACCACAGUAUCUGUAAUGAGUGACCGAAAUAAUAUAGAACUUCUCAUUGCUCUGCCUCUGUUUCUCUUUAUUCACUUGUGACACAUUUAAGUGAAGGCUAGCUAUCACAUACUGCAGCUAGAGCCUCUCACAUAGCUUUGCUAUAAUAGCAGGCUGUUGUAGGUCUCUCGUGUUGAUCUACUUAGUUUUGGAUCACCUAUGGGAAUGGAAGGCUAUUGUAGUUGUCAUACAGGCAUAUUUUAUUCUGAGAGAUCAAUGGCACUUGGUUGCGUAUUUUAUUUUCAAUCAGUAUUAGUCAAGGUGGCUUCUUGUUUGCUACUCCCUCCUGUCUUGAGAAAGCAAAACAUUCAGUCCGUCAAUAAGACGCUUGUCUGUCAAAUCAUCUAAACCUCUUGCCACUUUUACACUACAAUACAUCAUACGCGUCACUGAUAUACAGUCAUAAACUGAUCUUACUCCAGUGUUAUUCUCUCAGAACUGCCUUGCCACAUCCUGUGCAUUGACAAUAUGAUGAACAUUCAUUCAUCAUUUUAAAUGGCUUCUUCCUUUUCAUGACUUGCUCAGAGGUUACAAGUUUGCUCUGUAGUUACUCUCAACAUGUCUCACUGCCUGGUCCAGCGCGACGUAGUAGCAACUUUAAACUGAUCCCAUAGUUUGUAUCCCGACUAACCCUCAUUCCUGUCUUGCAAGCGUGGAUGAUGUUGGUCUCCUGUUGGACUAUGGGUCAGCCAUUCCACGAGUGUCUUCUGUCCCAUGUUGGUGUGAAGAACUGUUUUUCAGCAACGUUACCUACAGAAUGUCCUUCCUAAAAAAAAAUGAUUUGAUUGGCAUUACCGAAUGAAACAGUUACUUUUAAAUAAUACAUUGUACUAAUUAUGAACAUUUCUUGUGUGGAUUAUUUAAUCAAUGUGUAUCUUGCAUGAGUAGGAAUGUAUACUUUUUAUUAUUUUCCCUAUCCAAGGAUAAACUUGCACACAAACUCCCUCGUCAUUACUUGAUUGUCUUUUUUUCCAUUAGUUUAAAAAAAAAAAGUGAAAGUUGACUUCAUCAUUCUACAGUUUGAUGGUAUUGUAGUUUUCUGUUUAAGUCCAUACAAUUAAAAAAAAGAAAGGGAAAAAAAAGAAGAUAUUUUGUAUGUUUUAAAUGAUUUAACAUUGGGGAAGGGGGUUCUAUUUGGUGGCAUGGCGCUGAGAGGAAGAGGCUCCAAUUCAGUAGAGAAGAAAGGUAUUGUGACACUAUUCAGAGAAGAUACCCACUUUGUCUUAAUUAUUUCUCUGGUAAAUUGUGAUUGUCAUGCUGAGGUUGGCUUGUGACAUUAAAAUAUACUCUCAUUGCCCUUUG